UGCCCAUCUUAAUGACCACCCCCUGUCACAGAGCACCUUGUGUUUUUUGCUGUGCCUAAUGAUUACUAGCUACUGUCAAACUGACAGUGUCCAACUCAGUGGACUUGCAGAUGCAAUGCUCCUGAACACACUGGCCUGCUGAAAACGCCUGUGUGUUUGUGCAAACUCAGCUUGGGGACAGAAUUGGGCCCGUUCUACGUGGAGGCCGGGAGGGUUUCCUUCUCUACCUCUGCCCCUGUGUGCUGGCUCCUGUCACUGGGAGGUUGUGUACCCGUGAUGUCUAUAUGGAAUCCUGUUCUGGUGGCCAGCACCUGACCCCGCGCUCGACCCCUGAACGGCAUUUUUCUCCUGUCCACAGCCAACUGGAAGUGUUUACAAAAUGGGUCGAAUGCUUCCCUGCCUUAUCAAAGAGAUUACACAGACCAGAAUUUGCCAUUUCUUCAGUGACCCAAGGCCACUGUCAUGAACAGGUUGUCCUGUGUGGCACAAAGUGGUUCCUUUCGGGGCUGCUGAGGCGGAGUCCAUUUGUCCCCUCACUGACUGUCCUCACCAGCCCAGCCAUUCUAGUUAAGGGGCUCCUGUCGCUUUCUUGGGGUCAGCCUACCCGUCCUUUACCGGGCUCGUGUGUGUUGUAGUAGAGGCCGAACUGAAGGUGCCUGGAAGCGAGACAACCAAGCCUUUGCUCCAGCUGCACCCCUAGGUCGGAGGUGGCCUGCAUCUCUUCGGAAGUAAUGUGUGCGGGCUUGUUUUUCAAUCAAACUCUUCUGCUUUCUGCUGAUUUUUUCUGACUUACUAUUGAAAUAUAGUAGGAUGCUUUUCUGUUUUCUAAGACAUUGUUGUGCACAAAUAUGAUUAUUUCCUCAAGGGAAUUUCUUGGCAGUGAUAUUACUGGCUCACAGAGUGUGACCAGUGUGAAGGUUCGACUCAGGUUGCCAAGUGUCCUCCUUAAAGUGGGGCACAGCUCAACCUUUGCCAGCCAGCAACAUCAGCGGCUCUCCCAUCCUUUUCCUGGCUCUUUUUGUUUUUAUGUUGACUGAUUGGAAGGCAAAAAACAGUGUCUCCAUGGUUUAGCUUGUACCUUCUGCUUCUGUGAGGCUGAAUGAGCACUGUUUGUGUUUGUGGCUGAUCUCUGCAUCUGCUUUGUGCUUGUGCAAACUCCUCACAUUAAGGACGCUUACCCUCAUACGUCAUAGAAUGUUUUUCAAGUCUGUAGUUGGCCUUUUUAAUUUACAUGUGGGAUCUUGCCGACAGUUUUUCAUUUUGUAGUCAAGUCGAUUUUUAUUAUCAUGCUUUCGUCCUUUGGUGUUAUGCUGUGUUUUCCACUGGUUCCUUUGUGGUUUUGUUUUUGACAUUUAACUCUUUCAUUCAUCUAGAAGUUGUUUUGGUUACAGAUGAGAUAAGAAUCUAAUUUAGUUCUUUCAAAAUGGCUAGUCAAUUUUCCCAACACCGUUUGCUGAAUAAUUCUGUUUUUUCUACUGAUUAGAAAUACCACUUGUUAAUUAUUGUUAAUUAAAUACUUUAAUAUAAUUGAGUCUGUUUCUGAAAUUUCAAGUGUAUUCCACUGAUCUGUCUUUCCUCAUACUUAACCCAAUGUUUUUAUUAUUUUAGCCUUAUAAUAUCUGAUUUGACUAUAUGGUAAUAGAGGUCCCUGUUAUCCUUUUUUAAAGUAUUCAGAUUUUUAUUGGAAUUGUAUUUCCUUUAUAAAUAUAUCACACUACUAAGACUUUCUAUUUAGGAACUGGCCUCCCUGUUCAUUCAGGAUAGGAUGAUUUCCAUGUCCCUCAGGAAUUUUAGACCUCUCUUAUGCCAGUUACGCACAUUUAUGAAGUUUGUUCCUGGAAAUGUUAUAUUCUGUAUGUAUAUAUGUAUAUAUUCUGGCAAUACAGCAUCUCGGCUAAAAGUGUAGGCUUUCGAGUCAGAUGACCCUGCUCUCAUGCUGGACCUGCCUCUUACUUGUUAUCUGUGUGACCAUCUCUCUGCUUCAGUUUCCCCAUCUGAUAGAGGGGAUAAUCAUAUUAUCUACUAAGAAGCAGGGUGAGGGUUAAUGAAAUACCAUGAGCAUAGUGCUUGGUGCUCUCCUGACAGCGAGCGAGCACUGUUCUCUUGGGGUUUCCAAGAAAGUGACAGUCAUCUGUAAUGAUGACGUUGUCCCUGUGAUGCGUUCCACUUUUCAUGCGUCUCCCUCCUGCCGUGUUGGGAUUGGCUGUAAUGACUAAUGAGCCGUGAGCACUAUGGUCUUGUUCCCACCUGAGCCUCUAGUGGGGUCCAUGACAGUGGAGGAGGAGGGGCGGGCUGGGCCCGGGAAGGGCGCAUAACCCCUAGCAGCCCGCAUCAAGUCACCCAAGGGGUGACUGUCCUGCUGGUGGUCCUCAAGACCAGUUGGGUGAUCUUCCAAUGGAAUUUUAAAUUUUAAUAUUUAUUUAUUGUAACAGGUAUUUGAAAAUGUCUGGUUUCCCAUUCGUGGUGGUAAUUACAAAGUUUCCUUUUAAAGUAAAUUUCUUUUUUCUGUUUUUAAUUGAAAUAUCAUUCACAAUACCAUAAAAUUCACACUUUUGAAGUGUCCAAAUCGGUGGGAUUAGGCUGUUCACAGUGUUGUGCAACCGUCACCGUUGUUCGUUUCCAGAACGUUUUCAUCGUCCCAAACAAGUUCUCUCCCCAUAGAACGAUAGCCUCCCAUCCCCCCUCCAUCCCCAGUCACCUUUGUUAUACUUUCUGUCUCUGAAUUUGCCUGUUCUUGGUACUUCCUCUAAGUGGAAUCAGACAGUGUGUAUCCUUUUGUGUCCAUGUUAUUUCACGCGGCAUAAUGGUUUCAAGGUUCUACCUUGUUGUGGUGUGUAACAAUACUUCAUUUCUUUUUAUGGCUGAAUAAUAUUUCAUCGUAUGUAAACCACACUUUGUUUAUCCAUUCAUCAGUUGGAUAUUUGAGUUGUUUCCACUGUUGUGGCCAUCAUGAGUAAGGCUGCUAUGAACAUUUGUGUACAAGUUUUUGUGUGAACAUAAGUAUUCAAUUCUCUUUAGUAUAUACUUAGCAGUGGAAUUGCUGGGUCAUAUAAUACUCUGGGUUUAACUUUUUGAGGAACCACCAAACUGUUUUCCAAAGUGGCUGCACGAUGUUACAUUCCCACCAGCAGUUUAUGAGGGGUCCGGUUUCUCUACAAUCCUCCUAACACUUGUUUUUGUCUGGCCUUUUGGUUAUAGCCAUGCUCAUGGGUGGGAGGCGGCCCCUCAGAAUUUUGAUUUGCAUUUCUCUGAUGACCAGUGACGUCAGGCACCGUUUCAUGUACUUGUUGGCCGUGUGUCUGUCUGUCUUUGGACAAGUGUCCAUACUGAUGCCUUGCUCACUUUUUAACUGGGUGUUUGUCUUCUCAUUGUUGAGUUGUAAGAGUUCUUUACUCUGGAUACUAGACACUUAUCAGACAUAUGGUCUGCAAAUAUCUUCUCCCAUUCUGUAGGUUGUUGAUUCCACUUUCUUGAUAGUGUCUUUUGACAUAAAAUAAAUUUAUAUUUUAAAAAUGAAUUGAUUUAAGGAGAAAAGAAUAGGACUGACUGUACUCAGAUGUGGCAUAAAAAUCUGAAGGUGUCAUGUGAAUGACUAAGGUGUGGAGGCUGUCCCCUGUGAGGCCACAGGCGCCUGGAGGCAGCGAAGAGGGUGAAGCUGAAAGGAGAAGUGCUGCCCGGGGGCGGCAGUGCGAGGUCAGCGGCUCCCCUGCUGGGUGCGCUGCGACCGUUGUGUAUUCGAUGGCUCGGAAGCGGUUUUGUUUUUAAGUCAGUAAUAGAUACUGGAUGUAUUAAAAUGUCUUUCCUUCAUCUUUUGGGAUAAGCAUCAGGUUUUUCCCUUUCAUCUUCUGACGAUUAACCAUAUUAAUGGGAUAUUAAGCCCUCCUGUGAUUUCUGAGACAGACCGUCCCGGACCUGGAACUUUGGUGACACAGAAAUGAAUGAGAAGGCCCACUCUGACUUCAGGGUCUCGUCAGGCAGGUUUGGUGUCACAUUAUCAGGAAAGGCAGAGACACAGUCAAGAGCAGUGGCUAAGAGGACAGCUUUGACAACUUGGUCUCUAUUCCCUGCUUUGCCACUUAACAGCAUGUGUUUUGGGCCAAGUUUCUUAAAUUCUUGAAGCCAGUUUUCCCUUGGUUUGUGUGACGCUGCAGCGAGGUGGCACGGUGCAGGCGCCCAGUGAGUGAGGGGUGCGCUCUCUCCUGUCCCUGUGGUGACAGAAACACCGCAGGCAGGUGCCCAGGCGACUCUGCAGGGAUCGCACAGCCUGGAGUGUUCUGUAACACCGCCCGGGGCCGCCGCUGCUUUCUGGAGGUUCAGGGCUGCUUCGAAAACUUUGUCAAUUUCUUCCUGAGUCACUGGGCUGGUCAGUAUCUAUUUCAUCGUAAGUUCAUUCUUCAAAGUGAUGUUUUCUAAGAAAAUUGCCUUUUCAUGUUUAUUAGUCUAGAAUAUCUAUUUACAUUUUCAUAUCCUCUUUAUGAAUAGUUUUUUCACUUUGUUCUUAUUCCUAGUUUCUCUUGCAUAGACUUCCAAGAAAUCUAUUUUAUAGGGCUUUUCAAAGAAGCAGCUUUAGAUAAAAUAAGCCAUGCUCCCGCUUUCAUUUUGUAAUCCAUUGACUUCUACCCUUAUUCAUUAAUUCUUCCCUCUGCUUUCCUGGGAUUUUGUUUUGUGGCCCCUUUUCUGGAGUCCUGCAGUGCAUGCUUCAUUCAUGUUCAGACGCACCUACUUUGAAUGGUAGAAAGGAGAGGCGAAGUGUGGUGACAGAGGCUGUGGGUGACAGCCCCCUCCAGCCCUGCUGUGCCGUCACCGCUGUGACAUGGACAGGGUCCUCCGUGUUGAGGUGUGGGGCCACCCAGGAGGGUGUGGGCGUUCCUGCUGGUGCCAAGGCCCAGCAGGAGUUCAGCAAAGCGAAGCAGUGAACUGCUGUUGCCUCGUCCCAUGGAGUUCUGAUUUCUCAUGGUCCCUCCAGCAGCAUCCUCCGCGCCCAGACACUGAGCUGCGCCCCACAGUCACAGGCAGACAAGAUGACCUGUCCUGCCUUCAUGGUGCCCUUCUCACGGGGGACAGGCCUCAGGUGGUGAUUAUACAAAUCAUGAGUUAAUGCAGUUGCUGUAACAGCCACAAAGGAGUGUAGAGCAGCCUGAGAGUGACAACAGAAACCCCCAACCCCGGGGAGGGAGGGGACCUUUGGGCUCUCACUUGAAGGGCAGGAAAAACUGUAAGGAAGAGCAUUCCCAGCUGAGUGAACGGUGUGAGCCAAGCCUUUGAGCUGUGAAGGGGACUGGCUGGAGCCAGGGGGAGUGCACGCUGAGGCUGGCGGGGCCCUGUGUGAGGAUUCAGAAUGGGACCUCUGAAGGCCCAUCUGUAUCUGGGAAGGGUUUGUCCUUAUUUUCUAUGUGCUUUGUAGUUUCAGUUCAGAUAUAUAAUUUUGCCGUAGUUAUUUAAGAGUAUGCUUUAAAAUUUCCAAGUGUUCAGAAAUUUUUGUUUUAACUAUUGCAGUCAAUUUCUAGUUUAAUGAAUGAUUACCUGAGGACGUGACCUGCAGAGUUUCUGCCUUUUUGAAUCUGUGACUCCCUUUCUUCAUUGCUUGAGGUAUGAUUACUUUUAUAAAUGUCCCGUGGCAGGUGAGAAGGUAUUUCUGUCAUGUUCCGCGUUCUGGACCAGCCUCUCUGGGUGGUUUUGGGUCCAGUCCAAAUCCACUGUAUGCUUGUGUGCAUCUGUCCUCAGCACCACCUCUGGUCCUCUCCCCUUCCCCCGGGACGCCUUGCCAGUGUUGUUAAUCCACUCAGGGCCACAGGGCCCACCUGCCCCUGCACCCCCUGCACCCCCAUCCCACACCCUGGCCCUCUUGUUUGCAUUUGACUGAAGUACCUGUCAGGGGGUUAUUUUCAAUUUUUGAACAUUGGAAUUAUUUUUACAUGUCUUCUGCUUUCUGCCCAUAUACGUGUGUGUAUUUUACCCAUUGUGAUUGGCAUUAUUUUGCUUUUCCAGUUUCGGGUCAUGUUGUGGGCAUAGUUACCCAUGCUGAAAGAACCCACCCGUUGUGAUUGAGGCCCUCUGGGCCAUUCCAGGGUGUGAGCCUGUCACUUGUGGGCCCUGGGGGCCGGUUCCAGCAUUUUGUGAUGAGAAAUCCCGCUGUCACAAAUGUCUUUGGACAAAUCCCCUUUUAACCCUCAGGCUGCUUUGGGUUCACGUUCCCCACUGGCCUGGGUCUCCCUGCUCCCCGCCCUGCGCCCUCCACGUGGUUCUGAGUGGCCGGUUACACCUUCCUGUCUUCCCCACCGCCCUGCCGACACAAUUUUUAAGUCUUUGCUCAGUGACUGUGUGUGUGUAGUGGGUCCUUGAAGCCAUUUUAAUGUUCACCCUUUUAGCCGGUGGCACGUUUCCCUGUGCAGCUCACCCUCUGGGUUCCCCACGGUACGGACCGUGAGGGUCUCGUCACUGACAUGUUAAUUCUUUGCUCAUCUCACACAGGAUGUUUUGACUCCCCCCAUUCCUCAGCCUUUUAAGGCCAGAGCUUUGUUGCUUUGUCGUCAGGUUGGGACUAGAAGGCCGCGCACGUUUCCUCUCUCCUGCUACACUCAGUAAGUGCCUGCUCGUUGUGGUGUGUCUGGGGGCUGAAGCUGAAGGGAGGCUGUGAGGAGAUGGGCUAGGAGGAGGGACAGGGGUGUGAGGGAGAUGGAGGCUCUGAGCCACCCCGGUGGUCCCCAGACCGUGGCGGGUGUGUGUGAAGUGAGGCAGGCUCUGCUCACAUUCCUCGGAAUGAGUAGAGGACCCUGUUCUCAGCCUGACCUGAUGCUCUGUGACCCUGAGCAGGUUUCAGCCUUCUCUGAACCUCAGCUUCUCAUCUGGACCUUGCUGGAAAGGGGCUUCUCAGCUCCUCAGGCUGACGGGGGGGUCCAGGGGCCCUCUCCCCAUGAGAAGCCGGGACAGGACUCCUGGACGAUGACCGUAGAGCUUGUGGGGGGCGCUCCCACUUGACCCGCCGCCAGCCCAGGGAGGGCAGAGCGUGGUCUGAGAACAGUGGGUGCUACAGGCAGCGGGCUGGGAGGGUGGCCAAGGGUCCAGGGUGGGCUUCGUGUACCCCUGGGGCUCUGGUGAUUUAGACUUGUCCUCCCUGGAACUCAGACUCUGGGGUGAGAGUUCGUGUGAGGAGAGAGGCUGGUGGGGGCACGGUGCUGCCGACUUCCGGUUCCCAGGAAGAUUCCACAGCUGCCGAUGGCGGAGAGACCCGAGGACCGCAGGUGAGGCCGGGGGCGCGUCUGUGAGCCCGUGCGGCCGGGGCACAGAAGACCUGGAGGGCCAUUGGUCUGUGAGCGAGGCCAGAGUGCUCAGAGUUCCCCCUAGUUCUUAGAUUUCCUGUUCUGAUGAAAAACUUAAGAUUUUUGCCUUUAAUUAUAAAAGUAAUCUGCAUAGCGUUAAAAAUUCACGCCACGGAGAAGGUAUAAAAUGAAAGUAAAAUCCUCUCCCCUCACCCAGCCCAGCCCUACUACACAGAGGGAGCCUCUCCGGUUUCUUAGAAUCUUUCUGGAACCUUGUAUACACACACACAGGCUUGUCACUGCUGACGCCGUCCUAGAACAAGCAGGAUUGUAACUGGUUCAGUUUGCCUGUCUGACUUCACGCGCUCCGGCAGUGGGACGUGCAGCCCGCACAGCGGGAAACACGUGGACAUGCAGCCGAGGGGACAUGUGUCCCCCCCGGCUGCACUGUGAAAGGGCGUCAGGGUGGGGAGGCUGAGCCUGGGAGAGAGGGAGGUGCGGAGCCGCCGCAGGUGUUUCUUUUACUGGAUGCGGCUCAUGGCCGCAUCCAGGUUUUGCUUUUCACCUUUGAGUCUGUGAGAAAAGGAGCAGGAAAAAGCAAAAGGCGCUGGUGGCGGCACACCCAGCACUGCUGGGCCGGGGUUCAAGUCCCCGUGGCGUCCCUGCUUCUUUCCUGCUUCCGCUCCAGGCCCUUGCCCACCCCCCCAUCAGGGGCUUCCUGGUCCCCCAGGAGAGAGGUGUCAGGGUGGGGUGCCUGGGGCCCUCUCCCAGGAGCACUCCUGCUCACCCCCGUGGGGCAGUGGGGCCAAGACGAGAGGGCAGGGUCCUGCGGGUCCUCUCAGGAGCUGCCCGUCCCCUGGGCCACAUGUAGCAGGUGAAUUAGCACCAUCUGCCCACUCCUGUGGGAAGGGGAGGAGGAGAGCCUGGGGCCUCCGAACCCCAAGGCUGAGGGGCCCUGGAGUGACCACACUCCUCAGGGUGUGCUCCCCACCUGGCCUCUCCAUCCCGGGCUCCCAGGAUCAACUCACCACCACCCUCAUCUCUGCCUCCGAGGACCAGGAUGGCUCUUCCAGGGAGGACCGGGUGGAUGAGGUCAAAGGGGAAGUGGUCUGGCUAGAGGCUAGUAGGUCCAGAGUGGCCCUGGGGGAGCAGGAAGAGAAGGACCAAAAACAGGCCCUGGUGCAGGAAAUGCAAAUGAUGGUCGGUGGCAGGAGGGGCCAGGGUGGGCACUGCGGUCUGAGCCUGUACUCCAGGCACCUGGGACCUGGAGGGGGAUCCAAGGAGACCCCCCCGCCCCCUGGCCCCACGGCUUGGGACCCAGCAGGAGCAGUGUGCUGUGAUCUUAAGCUCCCUCGCAAGCUCACAGCGGCUGCCUCCUCCUUCAGUCUCUGACAUUCUCUGCUCCUCUCCCAGCUUGGGCCAGCCUCCCCAUCCCUCCCACCCCCCCAGAAAGAGGUCAGAGGGUCACAAUCCACUUCCUUGGCCAUCAUGCUGAUGCUUCAGCACCUUGGAACAGGGCUGCUGGGCUCCAGCCUGACCCCAUGAUUCCCCAGGGGCCCCUUCCAUCACUGCAAUCAUCUCUUCCUUUAACAGCCCGCCUCCCAGAGGGAACAGCUCACCCACUAGCCAGACGUCUCCCUCUCUUCUCACCUGGAGCUUGCUGUGGGUGGUCCUUGUAGAUACGGUGGGUGAUGUUGGGCACCUGGAAGCAUCUCAUAAAGUGGGGCAGGUUGGGUGGGAAUGGGGGGUCUGAGAAGGGUAGAGAUGACAAGGCAAUUCUCCCUAGGCCUCAUCCCCCCAGAGCUGAGGACCUGUCCCCUCGAAGAGUCUGCAGAGGGGCAGGGCACUAGUUGGCCAAGCCACCUUCAGAUUCCAGGUCAAGGGCCUCCCGUCUCCCUAAGUUUAGAGUCAAGACAAGAUAGUUCACCCUGGGACCCCAAUGUCCAGCACAGGGCCCAGCACUGAGUAGGUGCUCAAUAGGCAUCUAUGGAAUGAAGGAAGAAAUGAAUGUAUGAAGAAAGAAAGCAGGGCCACAGCUGCUGUGGGUCUUUAGGUGGCCCUCUGAGAAUGACCUCUCCCUUCUUUAGGCCAGGAAGUCCCACAUAGAUCUCUGAACAAAGGAACAGCAUUCUAAGUGACUUACGUGGAUCUUCAUUUUAUCCUCCCAACAGCCCUCUGAGGUCAGGUGCAGCGUUAGCUCUAUGUUGCUGAAACUGAGGUUGGGAGAGGCUAAGUGACUAACUCGAGGUCACACUAGCAGUUAAGUGGCAGGGCCAAAAUCAAACCCAGGUUCACUGACUUCCAUGCCUGUGUUCUUCUCAGCAUGCCACACGUCCUUGAAUUAGAAACCACAAGAAGGGAUGGGAGAGGGAGGCUACGGCAGCAACACAGGCCUGCUGCGGGCAUCCAUGCCCUUGGUCCUCUCUGCGCUUCCCUUUCUCCCAUCUGGGAAGGCCCUGCCCUAGUUGUGCGGGUGGGUACCAAGGAAACAGAGGACUCUACUUCUGGGCCCUACCACAAGCCUGAGGUAGAUGCCAGCCCUGGGGGAUCUUACCACAGGUCCUGUUUCCACCAGGCAGACCACAGGUUAAGGCAGGAGUCCAUGGAGUGUGGGGGUAGGGCUCUUCUACAAAUUCCAAGGGCCAAGGUGAUGGAUACUGCUGCCCUCACAGUACCCUUAGAGGUCCCCCAACCUGCAAGCUACCUCAUGUCCUGGGCUCACAUGAGGUGGAGGUGCCAGGCAUUCAAGAUGAGACAUUGUGUGUGUUUGGGGGCUUUGGGAUGCUUCUGGGAGCAGCAGGAGCUCCACAGACAGCACUCAACCACAGGCUCCACCAUGGUAGGGUGAUUAGGCAGCCCCCGGGUCUGUGUCUGAAGCAAAGAAACAACCAUCUUCCUCUCAGCCGCUGGCCUCCAGGGAUGGGCAGAAACUCAGCAGGUGAAAGGAGAGCAUGCCAGGUGGGGAGCAAAGCAGCAGCAAAGGCCUGGAGCUAGAAAAGCAUUGAGUUCAUUUCAUCAGGAGCCCGGGAGACUGGUGGGACACGAGGCUGGAAAAGGGCUGGGCUCUGAUGAGCCCGCUUCUCCAGAGCAUCUGCGGGGCUCAAGUGAGGAGAUGCAUUUGAAGAAUUCUGAAAAAAUGUCUGGAUCACAAGUCUAACUCAACAUAUUUCCAUUUUAUUUACUUAUUAACAGUAAUUUAUGUUUCGCUUACUCUGUGCCAGACAUUGUUCUAAAUAUAUAUAAUUCUCACAACAAUGAGUAGGUUCUAUUAUUUCCAUUCUCAGAUAAGAAACCUGAGGUACCAAGAUGACGUGACUUGCCCAAGGUCAUACAGAUUGUAUGUCAUGGAGUUGGGAUUUGAACUCAGUCUGGCUCCAAAGUCUGAACCAUCACACCAGGCCAAGAUCUAAGGUUUUCAAUAUUUAAAAGUCUAUCUUUCUGGGACAGGCUUUUUCCCAGCUUUCCCCAGUUUUGGUUUUAUGCUAAGUGGGAGUCAUAUGUAUUUCUUUCAAUCUUACAAGACAGUAAUUAUUUCUACCCAGCUUCACAGAAGAGAAGAGUUAGGCCGGGAGAGAGUAAAUUCUGAGUUGGGUUUCAGACCUAGAUUUUGUCUUAAGGAUCCUCUUCGAGUAUUUUUCUUUCCAACAGCCCCCCACCCCCACCCCACCCAUCGCUGGACUAGGCCUGAUGGCUACAAUGGGAGAGGCAAAGCGGGACGGGUUGGGGGUCCGAGGCUCUGGGACGCACUGAUCCUGGUCAGUCUCAUCUCCCCCGCUGUAGCUGGAGCCACCUGGGACGUCCCGGGCCGCCCGCUCCCGGGUUGCGCCCUCUACAUCCUGGCCGCACCUGAAGCCCCGCCGCGGGACCGUCUGCCUCGCGCACCCGUCGCCAGCCCGCUCGCUAGCUCUGCACCCUAACUCUGUGCUUAAACAAAGAUGUCCACCUCGAAUGAGAAAACCGAGGUUCCAGCGGAGCACUCUGCUCCAAGGUCCCGACAAAUAGCUAGGCUUCCGUCCGAGCGCUAGGCGAAGCGGCUCGCAUCCUCUGCCGCGUGCCAGGCCGGCAGGGAGCCCGCUUUCCACCUCUGCGGGACCCACCGGAGCGCAGACGUCACUAUCUCAACCCGCCCCUCUGAGAGGCUCGGCGCGCCCUGGACAGCUCCUGCGCCUGCGCAGACCGCGGAGGGGCGUGGCGAGGGGGACGGGGGCGUGGCCUUGGAGGAGGGCGUGAGGCGGCGCGGGGCAGUGACGCAAUGCGCCCCUAGUGGCGGGUGUCGCCCUCGCUGUGUACCCUCGGGAUUCGGUUUCCAUGGUUACGGCGGCGCGAGGCAGAGUCCCAGCUGCUGACCUCACUCUUCUCCGUCCUCAAGUCGCCAACAUGCAGCUGUUUGUCCGCGCCCGGGAGCUGCACACUCUUGAAGUGACCAGCCUGGAGACAGUUGCCCAGAUCAAGGUGAAGAUAAGAGUGUAUCCCUGAGCGUCCGUAACCCACGGCCCUUUGCCUGUCCUCCUCUGGCUUCCUCGGAGAACAUUCUUGACUCUUCCUUUCUUCCUUAAGCCUAUGUAGCCUCCUUGGAGGGCCUCACCCCUGAAGAUAAGGUGGUGCUUCCGGCGGGUUCUCCCCUACGGGAUGAAGCCGCCCUGGGUCAGUGUGGGGUAGAAGCCCUGACGACCGUGGAAGUGGUUGGCCCUAUGCUAGGAGGUGAGUGAGGAUACAGAGGCCCCAAACUGGUGCCCAGGGACUAUUCAUGACUUAUUUUGAUUGCCCUGCACGAUGUCUAACAUUUUUUGUUUUAAUUCACAAUAUCUAAAAGUCAGCCGAUUUUUGUGUUAAAAUUCAUGGCUGGCUUUGCUUCCAAAAUUGGGAAGAUCUGGCGACAAUGGGCCUGUGGUCCCACAUACCAAUAGCUGACUAGUGCCAGCCGCCUUUGGACAGUUCUGCAGUUUGCUGCAGUCCCCACUCCUUCCUGUUGCUCCUCACAACCAGUGUCAGGUACCAUUUAGCAUCAGGCUUGUGCUGAUGUUUCUCUUAUAGUAAAGAAAAGUGAACUCUCUUUUUGUACCUAUGUCUCUAUGAAAAGUGGGAAAACGAAAGAUGAAUUGAGAGCGUCGCAUGUUUCAAGAAAAGUGGGAGCGAGCGUAUUUCUUUGUGGAAGUAAAGAAUAGCCCUAUGUGUUUAAUAUGUAACCAAACUUUGUCGGUGUCAAAAGAAUACAACUUAAGACACCAUUAUGAAUCAAACCAUAGUAAGACUUUUGACUGGUAUACAGAAAAGAUGCGUGAUGAAAAACUUAGGGAACUAAAAAAAGGACUAAACUUUCUCCAGCAUUUAUGAUCGAAUGCAAGUAAAAUAAGUGAUGCUGCUGUGAAAUGCAGUUAUGUAAUAAGUGAAAAAAUUGCCGGGGCAUCAAAACCUUUUACAGAUGGUGAGUUUAUCAAAGACUGUCUAUUGCGUGCAGCUGAAAUCAUGUGUUCGGAACAGAAACAAGCAUUUGCAAACAUAAGUCUAACUGGAAAUACUGUUGCUCAGCGAGUAAAAGAUAUGGCUGAGAACUUACAGGACAAGUUGUGAGAAAAAGUGAAGUCAUUUGUGACAUUUUCUAUUGCAGUUGAUGAGAGCACAUACAUAAAUAAUACAAGCCAGUUAAUUAUAUUUAUCUGUGGUGUUGAUGAGAAUUUUGACAUCACUGAAGAACUUUUGGACGUGGUACCCAUGACAGACCCAACAUCUGAAAAUGACUUAUUUUUAUAUGUUGAGAAAAGUCUUGAAAAGUUUGAUGGUGACUGGUCAAAAUUAGUGAGUGUGACCACAGACGGUGCUCCUGUGGUCUGUGAGAACACUGGACUUGUUGCAAAACUUAAGUCCAAGGUCAGAAUGUUUUGCAAGGAAGCAGAACUUAAAUCCAUUCACUGCAUUAUUCACCAGGAAUUGUCUUGAACCAAAAAGUUAAAACCAGAACAUGUCAUGGAUGUGGUGAUUAACACAGUGAAGUGGAUACGUUCCCGUGGCUCCAGCCACAGACAGUUCGGUGCUUUGCUUGAGGAACUGGCUGCGCGAUAUGGUAAUCUCCUUUACUAUACAAAGGUAAGGUGGCUUAGUCGUGGCAUGGUGCUGAAGAGAUUUUUUGAAUUGAUAAAAGAGAUGGAUUCGUUCAUGUCAUCCAAGGGGAAAUCCCUUCCCCAGCUCACCAGCAAAGACUGGCUCAGAGACCUGGCCUUUUUGGUUGACAUUACAAACCAUCUAAACAUUUUGAAUAUUUCUCUGCAAAGACAUUCACAAGUAGUUACACAAAUGUAUGGUACAGUUUGCUCUUUCCUAGCAAAAUUGAGUCUUUGGGAAACUCAUUUGGCAGUAAAUAAUCUGGCACGCUUUCCUACACUGAAGUCAGUUUCCAGAAAUGAAAGUGAUGGCUUAAUCUACAUCCUCAGAAUUGUAGAGUUGAAGAUUGAAUUCCAAGAAAGGUUCUUUGAUUUCAAACGCUAUGAAAAUGAACUCACAUUGUUUAGCUCACCUUUUUCAAUUAACAUUGACAGUGUUAAUGAGGAAUUACAAAUGGAAGUUAUUGAACUACAGUGUAAUACGGUACUGAAAACUAAGUAUGAUGCCACUGGAAUACCAGAAUUCUACAAAUACCUCAGCAAGAGUUACCCUAGGUAUAGAAACCACUGUGCAAAGAUUCUGUCCAUGUUUGGAAGCACCUGUGUCUGUGAACAGCUGUUUUCUGUUAUGAAAUUGAGUAAAACUAAAUUUCGCUCCCAGUUAAAGGAUACAAGAUUGAAUUCAGUUCUGCACAUUGCAACUCGAAAUAUGAGACCAGACAUUGACAUCCUGGUGCAGAAAAAAAGGUGUCAGGUUUCAGGUUCCAAUUCAAGGGAGUAACAGAUUAUGAAAUAAAAUUUUAAUAAUUAAAGAUUUCUGUUUUUUGAUAUGUAUUUUAAAAUUUUAUAUUUGAAAUAUCUAGUAUUAUAAACUUUGUAUAUUACGUGCUGGCACUGUGGUUCAAUAAAAAAAUAAGUUUAGGUGGGUUUUUUCUCCAGGCAUUUGAUUUUUCAUAAACCUGGCCCAUUGUACUUUUUUUUUUUUACCUACUUGGCUGACCAACAGUAGUUUGAGACUUCUGCCUAAUAGAGUUAGUUACCAUGACUAGUUUUUGGUUUUUUUGCUGAGGAAGAUUCGCCCUGAGCUAACAUCUGUUGCCCAUCUUCCUCUAUUUUGUAUGUGAGCUGCCACCACAGCAUGGUCACUUAUACAUGAGUGGUGUAGGUCCACGCCUGGGGACCAAACCCGGGCCACCAAAGCUGAGUGCACCAAACUUAACCAGUAGUCUGCUGGGGCUGGCCCCCAUGAUUAGUUUUUAUGGAUUUUUUACUUAUCUCAAGCCAGGGAAAAACUCACUUGCUGCCUUGAGAAAAAUGUGCCUGAGCUGUAGAAUUUCUGUGGAUGUUGGAGCCAGGUUGUGCUAGUUAUCAAUUUAUUGCCUCUCAGCUCCAAAUUCAGCCUUCAUUGUCUGCUCUCCAAAAGCGGAUCUGAGCCCUUUAAAUAUCUUUCCUCUGACAGCAGGCAUGAUAUUAAAUUUUGUCAGUAGAGGGCACUGGAGACACAUUGCAGAAGAAAGGCGUUUUCUUUCCUGCUUUGCCCACUUGGCAGGCCUCUGCAGUGUAGGUGGCUUCUCUUGCGCCAGGCUCCUGCAGUGCCCAGCAGUCAGCAGCACCCAGGAGCCAGCAGCGUACCCCUUCAGGCAGUUUUGUAAUGGAGUCCUUCUGCUGAGACACUUCCCCUUGAACAGCUUUCCCCAGUACCCUAAAGGGCAGAUUUCCAGCAAAUUCUGUCAGUGUGGCACUGCAGUAAUUUCUCUGCUAUUCUAUAAUCCUGAACCAUGUCCUAGCCAACAAGGCCUGGAUUACAGCCCUUCAGUGGGGAGCCUUUUCCUUGGGCAUCUGCUCAGCCCUGGGGUAGUGGCCACUCCUUAUACCUGCUAUUUCUUCAGAAUUCUUCUUACAAACCAGUUCCUUUUUAUUUCAAUCACUUGUUGUAGUUAAUAACUUUUAUAUUAAAUCACUGUUCAAAUUACUGUGUGGUUUCUGUCUCCUGC